UCCGGCCUGCGGGGGCGGGCCUCACGGGGGCGGCCUGGCCUCGGUUGCUGGUGGCUUCGAGAGCCCGCGCUGUGGGUGCCCCCGAGGCGUCAUGGCGGUGUUGGGGUGAUCGCCGCGUCCCCGCUCCUUAGGAGGAUGCUGGUGGUGGAGGUGGCGAACGGCCGCUCGCUGGUGUGGGGCGCCGAGGCGGUGCAGGCGCUGCGGGAGCGCCUGGGCGUGGGGGGUCGCGCGGUGGGCGCUCUGCCCCGAGGGCCCCGCCAGAACUCGCGCCUGGGGCUCCCGCUGCUGCUUUUGCCCGAAGAGGCGCGGCUCUUGGCUGAGAUCGGCGCCGUGACCCUGGUCAGCGCCCCUCGCCCGGAUCCCAGCCAGCACGGCCAGGCUCUGGCAUCGUUCCGACGCCAGCAAGAGCAGAGCUUCCAGGAGCAGAGCGCGUUGGCGGCCGAGGCCCGUGAAAACCGGCGUCAGGAGCUCCUGGGGAAGAUUGCAGAAGGCCAGGCUGCCAAGAAGCAGAAGCUGGAGCAGGAUUCCGGGGCCAGCGGGGGCCGAGCUGACGAAGGGAGUGAAGGGAACGAGACCAAGCCGCGGGCCGAGUCGGGUGGUGACCAGGCCUCCGGGGAGCAGGAGGAGGCAGCGCCCUCUCCUCCAGCAGCUUCGGACGGGGCAGCGCCAUUGCCCAGGUCUGCCCUCCUUGUCCAACUGGCCACCGCCAGGCCUUGGCCAGUUAAGGCCAGGCCACUGGACUGGCGCGUGAAGUCCCAAGAUUGGCCCCAUGCUGGCCGGCCCGCCCACGAGCUGCGCUAUAGCAUCUACCGAGACCUGUGGGAGCGCGGCUUUUUCCUCAGCGCAGCCGGCAAGUUCGGGGGCGACUUCCUGGUGUAUCCCGGCGACCCGCUGCGCUUCCACGCCCACUACAUUGCCCAGUGCUGGGCUCCCGACGACCCCAUCCCGCUCCAGGAUCUGAUCUCUGCCGGCCGCCUGGGAACCAGCGUGAGAAAGACGCUGCUGCUGUGCUCCCCGCAGCCGGAGGGCCGGGUGGUCUACACCUCCCUGCAGUGGGCCAGCCUGCAGUGAGCCCGACGGCCGCUGGGCUGGCUCCCUGGGCCUGAGCAGAGCAGCACUGCGGAGGCCACGCUUCCUGCCGCGCUCUGAGGUUCGUUCUGACCCAGGGGCCUGAGCGUGCAGCUGCGCAGGCUUCUCCUCGGC